AUUUGAAUUCAGUGGAAAUAUUUCUGUAUCUAUAACUCUGGGGGGAGGAUAAUGAGAUAUAUAACGAGGUGAAGACAGUCUGAUAGAGUCUCUGUUGCCAUGUUUCUGUCUGAGAAACCCCAUUCCGAGGAGUCAGUGGUCACCACCCCAUCGAGAACUCCAAAUACAAUUUAACAGUUGGUGGUCAUUCCAAAACUCUCCUAAGAAAGAGAGGAGCUUCCAACGGCUACAUUGAUCCUUCCUUCUCUCCGUCCUCCUCUUCCUUCAAUCUAUCUCUCUCUUGUGGUCACUAGCACGUCUAAACGAGACAAGGACUGUGGAGGUAGCAACAGUAUUGUGAAUGGUGGAGAUAUCUUGGGAUCUCUUCUCUGAAAUUUAAGAAAAUUUGUAGAAGACAAGUUGGAAGCAGUUCUGGAAGGUCGAUUGUUGAAACAGUCAGUGGUAGUUGGUGUUGAUUAAUAUCCUAAAGCAGUUAACCUUAGUCUGCAAUGGAGGAGGUUUUUAUGCAGAACCAGAUUCCAGCUAUGGAUAAAGCAGGAAAUAUGGUUCUGGACAUUGAAAGCCUUACACAGCCCUCUGAUAAGUGCUCUGGAAGUCCGAAAAUGACGAAAGCCCUUUCUCGUAAGGGUUCAAGCAGAAUGGAGAAGCGAAAUGGUGAGGAGCAAGAAGCAGAUGAAGCAUCUAAAAAGCUUGUCAUUAAAGUGGGGUGUUCCCAGCUGGAGCAGUUGAAACAGCCUGCGAUGCCAAUCAAAGUUCUUGUAGCGCCUUCAACUUCAGCUAAUAUUUCCGGUGUUGCAGAUACUGGGGAUGGAAGGAGUAGGAGAUUUCAUCGCUUAACAACUAUCAACCCGAAGAAAAUCCUUCUUCUUUUUGCUUCUAUGUCAAGCAUGGGGACAAUGAUUCUCAUAUACUUUACACUUACCAUCAGUCGACGAGGGGAAGUGUAACGGUGUUUUGAAGGUUUGAUGGCUGGACAGCUUGACUAUUUUUGUCAUGGUUUUGAUAGGAAGGCGCGGUGGACACAGUAUUACUGCCUGCAGGACACAUGAUAGUUUAGUCUGUUUAGAUUGGAAGAAACCAUGUCUGGUCUAUUCCUCGCUUUCUUUCUGCAUGGGAGCUAUAAGCAUUAAUGAUUGAAGUAUUAAAGAAAACAGAUAGCUCUAUAGUGUGGUGAUUAGUAUGAGAUCUGUGAAGUCCCAGCUGAAAAAGCUUGCAUGUAUUACAAUGAAAUUUGGCCUGAGAUUUCCAUAUCGAGGAGUGUGGACUACUUAUUCCGAGUUUAUUUGCAUGAUUUGGGUGUUGUUUUGCGUAGAUAUUGGAUGCUAUUUUUGAAUAAAUGCUCAGUUUCAUGCACAA